AUGGCGGACUGCGCUAGCACGAGCAAAGACGAAGCUGCUGAAUUUGAAUUAAUUUUUAGUCCGGAUGAUACCGAUCUGGUAACAGAUACGUCUAAAUUAUCUUUAACAGUGGAAACGAAUACUAGUUUUACUAAUAAAGACUUAAUCAGCGUGCUAAAUCGGGUUUCGUUGAGCAAGAUAAAGCCCGAAGCUGAAUUUGCAGCAAAAAUUGUCGCAAACACGCUUGAGAAGGAAUAUUUCAAGCCUUUGUCUUGUUUUGUGUCAUCACUUACCGAUGCAUUUAGACAAUGCUGUGAUCGUGCAAAUAAAGUGAAGAGUGAUAAUCUACGCGCUAUCAAAUUAGAGAAGGAGUUUUCGGCGCUUAGAUAUGACAAAACGUCGGCACUAUACAUCAGUUGGAAGCAACUCGUGGCUGAUAAAUGUGGUACAAAUGCUUGCCAAGUCGAAGCCGAAGCAAAGAUUGUUUAUCAACACAUUUUGCAGUAUUUUUGGAGUUUUGUGGCACUGAAAUUUAGUGCAACUGAUGCGAGCUCUGAUAUCACAGGAAUUGGAAUUCAAAUGAAGACCGAUUGUGUGGAUGAAGCUGAAAAACAAGCUAUCCGUCACCAUGCUGGCUGGGCGGUGAAAAGGGCGCGAGAUGGAAUUCUUCCUUCCUCGGUACCUUUUUCAAUAAAACGAUCAAAAGAUGACAGCACUUCAACAACGGUUUCAAAAGAGUGUUUACUUAAUCUGUUGAAAAGGAUGGGAACCGAUCAUCGUCAAGACUCUGGAAAAUUUUUAUUUAUAAUUAAUGAUGCUCUUCUUGAUUUCUUUAUUGUUUUACAUAAAGAGAUGGAAAAUUUUUCAAAUCUGAUAUUGAUAAAGAUACAGUAA